ACAGAAAACAAUCACGGCCUACUGCUUGCAAGACACGGUUUUAAAAGAAAUCAAGGCCACCUCAGCGAGAACUCUGGCUGCAUCUCAAGUUGCAGGGUUUCUCUACGGCUUCUGCUUCUUUGCACUCUACAACUUCUAUGCCCUCUGCAUCUGGUAUGGAGGAACACUACUGGUAGCAAGAAGAAUAACCUUCCAGAAUUUUGUGAUCUGCUACAGCGCUCUGGUGUCCGCCGGGCGAGCACUAGCAGAGACCGCAGGAGCAACUCCAGCAGUGGCUCAUGGCUUGACAGCAAAAGCAUCGGUCCUCGAGAUACUCAACAAGAAAACAGCAGUUUCCGACGUAGAAAUGUCUGGAAACGAAGACAACAUGCGAGGCGAGGUGGAGUUUCGCGACGUCAGCUUUACGUAUCCCUCGAGCAUGGAAAUACUGGUGUUAAAGAACUUCAGCAUUAAAGUGGACGCAGGCCAGACUGCAGCAUUGGUUGGAAGGAGCGGGACGGGAAAAUCGACAGUCAUAGCUCUGCUGGAGAGAUUCUACGAACCAACAGCAGGCACAAUUCUCCUAGACGGCAAAGACAUGAGGAGCAUCCACGUUCACACGCUCAGGAAACAAAUGGCACUGGUAAACCAGGAGCCAGCUUUGUUCGCGAUGAGCAUCAGAGACAACAUAGCGUAUGGCCUAGACAACGCGACGGACGCGGAGAUCAUCGAAGCAGCAAGCGUAGCAAACGCACACACAUUCAUCAGUGCUCUCCCGGAGGGAUACGAAACAAAUGCCGGCGAAGGAGGCGUCCUUCUCUCCGGAGGACAAAAGCAACGCAUAGCAAUCGCUCGAGCAGUGAUGAAAAAGCCAGCGAUUCUUCUCCUGGACGAAGCAACAAGCGCUCUCGACGGUGAGUCCGAGCGCACCGUCCAGCAAGCCCUGGACAAGAUCGUGCACGGCAGCACGGCAAAGACGACGAUCAUCGUCGUCGCUCACAGGCUCUCGACGAUCCAACACGCAGAUCUCAUCGCAGUGAUGGAGAAUGGCGGGGUUUCGGAACAGGGCAAGCAUCAAGAGCUCCUGGCCAAGAAUGGCCGAUAUUUCGCUCUGAUCCACUCUCAGCUCUAGCAAUCGAGGAGACGAUCGAUCCAAACGUACCUAGACAUGCUAGCGCCUUGCCGCCUUGCCGCAUUGCCGCCAUAAACCCUAAGUAGCUACAUUGUGAUAGAGAUUGAUACAUAUCAUCGUUACUCGUUAGGGAGCUAUAUACUUCUUCCAUUC